CAAAACUCCUGCAAAUGCUAAAUGAAACCUUUUCAAUCCCUUUGCAACCUUCUCCUUUCAUGUACUUCCUACUUGUGGCCAUUUCCUUCGUUCUCUUACGCAGAUGGUCCUCUAAUACAAACUCAUCUGUACCCCCUUCUCCACCAAAGCUACCCAUCAUUGGAAACCUUCACCAAGUAAGCUCCCUCCCUCAUCGCUCAUUUCAAACCUUAUCCCAACGCUGUGGGCCUGUCAUGCUUCUCCAUUUCGGAAGCAGACCAGUCCUUGUCAUCUCAUCGGCUGAGGCUGCGUCCCAGGUCUUCAAAACCCAUGACCUCACAUUUUCCGACAGACCAAAGUUCAUCUUCUUUGAGAAAGUUAGCUGCUUAAACUACAAAGACGUUGUAACAGCGCCUUAUGGUGAGUACUGGAGGCAGCUCAGAAGUAUAUCUGUCUUAAAUCUUUUGAGCAACAAGAUGGUUCGUUCUUAUCGUGCUGUGAGACAAGACGAAACAAGAUUGUUGAUAAGCAACAUACUAGAGUCUUGUAAUACCAAAUCAUCAUCAUCCUCCUCAUCCUCAACGGCUUUCAAUUUAAGCGACAUGUUUACCAGACUCAGUCAUAAUAUCAUAUGCAGAGUUUCCAUGGGGAGGAAGUAUGACGAUAUCGAGGAAGAAGGAGGGAAGGUGUUCAUGAAGCUUGCCGGAGAUCUGACAGAGUUCUUCACACGGGUUAACAUUGGUGACUGUAUUCCAUGGCUUUCUUGGGUCACUCGCCUCACUGGGUUUGACGCUGAAUUAGACGACCUGGCUAAACGAGCAGAUACGUUUUUCGAUAUGGUUGUUCAAGAGCAUAUUGAUAAACCGAAUAUUGGAGAUGGAAUGAAGGAUUUUGUGGACGUUUUGCUUUCAGUUCAAAAAGAAAAUGCAGCUGGUGUCAAUCUUGAUCGAGUUGGCAUAAAGGGUAUCAUCCUGGAUAUGUUUGCCGGUGGCAGUGACACCACAUUUACAACCUUAGAGUGGGUGACGUCCGAGCUACUGAGGAAUCCGAGGGCGAUGGAAAAAUUGCAGAAUGAAGUGAGGGGAAUAGUCGGAAACAAAGAGGAUAUAACAGAGGAUGAUUUGGUUGGAAUGCACUACAUGAAGGCGGUGAUCAAAGAGACUUUUCGUUUACAUCCUCCAUUUCCAUUACUUAUUCCUAGGUCGACAAGAGAAAAUGUGAAAAUCAAUGGCUACAAUAUUGAGGCUAACACACAAGUAAUGGUGAAUGCAUGGGCGAUUGGAAGAGACACGAAGUCGUAUACAAAUGCCGAGCUGUUUGAACCAGAAAGAUUCUUAGACAGUGCCAUAGAUUAUAAAGGGAAUAACUUCGAGUUGAUUCCAUUUGGUUCUGGUAGACGAGGAUGUCCAGGAAUGAAUUUUGGGGUGACAGUGAUAGAGACUGUUCUAGCAAAUAUUGUUCAAAAGUUUGACUGGAAAUUACCUGAUGGGGCAAGAGCGGAGGAUUUAGACAUGAGUGAAUCUACUGGCGUAACCGCACAUAGAAAAUAUCCUCUCAAGGUGGUUGCCACACCAUAUUUUCCUUAAUUUUGAGGAUCGGAGCUACCCCCGGCCAUCCUCUUUUCAGAACUUCCCUUGCAACAAUAACUAUUUUAUCACUUUUACUUCAAAAAAAUAAUAAUAAUCAUAAAGUUUCACGUCAGAUGCUUUUGUCGUUGGAGUUUAUGAGAAAACACCCGGUCCACCAUGACUUGUUCAUGUGUACCUUUAUUGGUAUCUUAUGUUUUCUUUCAAGCCAAAAAGUUUAGAAUGUAUGCGUUUCUUUUU